AUGCGAAAGAAUCGUCUUCGCUUUUUCAUAUUCACCGUACUUUUGAUUUUUGAUGCUAAAUCACAACCAGCACAACAAUAUCCACAAGUUGAUCCACAUCAUUUUGGAGCUGAUGCUAAUCCUUGCUAUGAUCCAGCGACGUUAAGCCCGCAACGUUGUGUGCCAGAUUUCAUCAAUGCUGCUUUUCAGCGAGAAGUUCACGUGACAAAUACUUGCGGGGAGAAACAACCGACAAAAUUCUGCGUGCAAACGGGAAAUUCGCAGUUGAGAAGCGUUUGUGACACUUGUGAUGCUCGACAUCCGGCUUUCGCUCAUCCAGCUCGUUACCUUACCGAUUUUAACAAUGCCAAUAAUGCGACAUGGUGGCAAUCAGAGACGAUGAAAGAGGGAAUGCAAUAUCCAAACUCUGUCAAUCUUACGCUAAAUCUCGGAAAAACUUUUGACAUCACAUAUGUGCAUUUGAAAUUCGUCUCACCUCGCCCAGAAUCUUUCGUCGUUUACAAGAAAACGAAACCCGGUGAUGAUGAACCAUGGAUUCCCUGGCAAUAUUACAGCUCAUCUUGCCGUGCCACUUUUCAUGUCGCUGAAAAAGCUCCAAUUUUGCCUGGGAAUGAAGCAGUGGCUCAAUGUUCAAAAGAAUUUUCGGAUAUUUCACCGAUUACUGGAGGAAACAUUGCUUAUUCGACUUUAGAAGGCCGACCAUCAGCUCAUGCUUUUGAAGAUUCAAUCGUUUUACAGGAAUGGGUAACAGCAUCAGCAAUUCGUAUCCAAUUCGUUCGCAUGAACACUUUCGGUGACGAAGUUUUCGGAGAUCCGAUUGUUCUCAGCUCUUACCAUUACGCUAUCUCUGAUUUGGCUGUCGGUGGUCGAUGCAAGUGUAACGGACACGCGAGUGAAUGUGUGAAAUCGACUGGAGAAGGAGAGGCAUACAGAAUGGUCUGUCGUUGCGAGCAUAACACACAGGGAGCUGAUUGUGACGAAUGUCAACCAUUCUUCAACGAUCGCCCGUGGAAACCCGGCACGGCUCAAGAAGCUAACGAAUGUGUGGCCUGCAAUUGCACUGGUCUCUCGAAUCGAUGCUAUUAUGAUCAGGAUCUUUACGAGAAAACCGGGCACGGUGGGCAUUGCAUCGAUUGUCAAGGAACACGCAAGGUGUCCAUUGUGAGGAAUGUUUGCCUAAUCAUUGGCGAGAAGCGAAUCGAAAUUACUGUAUGGAUUGUCGGUGCAAUGAGCAAGGAUCAUUAUCAACUCAAUGCCAAUCCGAUGGAAAAUGCUUGUGCAAACCAGGAGUUGGUGGACAAUAUUGUGACCAAUGUUUACCAGGGUUCUACGAUUUUGGGCCAAACGGUUGCAAGAGCUGUGAAUGGUCGUCAAUGUAACAAGUGUAAACCCGGAUAUUUCGAUUUGUCGACUGAGAACAUGUUCGGUUGUUCACCGUGUUUCUGCUAUGGUCAUUCAUCGAUUUGUGCCUCAGCUGAUGGCUAUUAUGCGGUGAAUGUGAGCUCACAAUUUGAUGAAGGCAAAGAAUCGUGGGGAGCUUUAUCACAUCGUGGGCCGGUGGAUGCGCAAUGGGCUGAGAUCGAGAAAGCGGUAGCUGUGCAAGAUGUCGAUGGAUCGCCUGUCUAUUUCAAUGCUCCCGAGAUGUUCCUCGGUGAUCAGCGAGCCGCCUACAAUCAGGAUUUAGUCUUCCAUCUGCGCGUUUCCAAAGAUGGAGCAAGAGCAAGCACCAAAGACAUUCUCAUUGUCGGUUCUGAGGGUCAGGAGUUGUCAAUUCCAAUCUUCGCUCAAAAUAAUCCCUCUCCAACAACGAGCUUUCAAGAAUAUCGCUUCAAAAUUCAUGCUGAUAAUGUUUUCCAGUGGAAUCCUCGACUAAACGAGCUCGAGUUUAUCGGAAUUCUCUCAAAUGUAACAGCAUUGAAAAUUCGCGGAACUUACACCUACAAUGAUGUUGGUUUUUUGAACGAUUUAUAUCUGGGAUCUGCUGGUUUGGCGCCAAGUGAGUUGGAUCCACGAAAAGCGCAUUGGGUCGAGCAUUGCGAGUGUCAAGAUAGCUUUGUCGGUCAAUUCUGUGAAUCGUGUGCUCCCGGAUAUCGUCGUGAGCGUAAAUUUGGCGGACCAUUCGAUCGUUGCAUCAAAUGUGAUUGUCAUGGGCACUCGGAAAGUUGUGAGGCUGAAAGUGGUGCCUGUAUUUGCAAGCACAACACUGCUGGAGAUACUUGUGAGCGUUGUGCUCGUGGUUUUUAUGGUGAUGCGUUAAGGGGAACUGAAGAGGAUUGUCAGAAAUGCCCUUGUCCUGAGGAUGGUCCUUGUGUUUUACAUUCGGAUGGUGACGUUCUUUGCACCGAUUGUCCAACUGGAUACACUGGAAGAAGAUGCGAUGAGUGCUCAGAUGGUUUCUUUGGUAAUCCAAAGAUCGAGAUUGAAUGUAAAGAAUGCGAAUGCUCGGGUAACACCGAUCCAAACAGUAUUGGAAACUGUGACAAGAUCUCUGGAGAGUGCAAAAAGUGCAUCUACAACACAGACGGUUUUCACUGUGAAAAGUGCAAGGGUGGAUUCUGGGGUGAUGCGCUUAAAGUGCCCACGGGUGAUUGCAAGGCUUGUCGCUGUUUUGCUCCGGGCACAAUCCGUCCAUCAAACGAUUACACCGUUUUGGAGUGUCAGCAAAGUGAUGGGCAAUGUGACUGUCAACCGCACGUCAUCGGGCCACAAUGUGAUCAAUGCGAGCGUGGCUUCUUCAACAUCACUUCUGGAUCAGGUUGUGAUUCGUGUGAGUGUGAUCCACUUGGAUCCAUCGAUUCCACCUGUGAUGUCGUGAGUGGACAAUGCAAAUGUAAACCGGGAGUCACCGGAAGGAGAUGUGACGAGUGUGCGCCUUAUCACUUUGGUUUCUCAGCUGAUGGAUGUAAACCAUGUGAUUGUGAGCCGAUUGGAUCUGAAAGUGCACAAUGUGAUGUGAAAAAUGGUCAAUGCUUGUGCAAGGACAAUAUCGAGGGACGACGCUGUGAUCAGUGCUCAGAGAAUCGUUACAACUUGGAAGCCGGUUGUCUGCUUUGCGAUGAUUGCUACACUUUGAUUCAAUCACGAGUGAACAUUUUCCGAGAGAAAGUCAAGAAUCUGGACAAUACUCUAAAGGAGAUUAUCGAGAAUCCAGCACCAGUCGACGAUUCAGCUUUUGAUGAUAAAGUGAACGAGGUGGGCGCUCAAGUGACCGAAUUGACAAAUACGGUGAUGAAGAAAUUGGAAGCUGAUGACGCUCAAUUGGUCAAUCAAGUCUCUCAACUCAAAAAAGAUGUUGAAUCAGCGUUUGAGGGGAUAAAAAUGAUCGAUGGAGUGAUUGAUGGAGCAAAGGGGAAAACGGAAAGCACAGAGCAAGCGCUGAGAAGAGCAAAGAUUGUUAUGGAAAGUGCACGAAACGAGCUAGAGAACGCUUUGCAUUAUCUUGACGUUGAAGGAAGUGAGCAAUGGGAAAGAGCUAAGGAAGCGAGUCGAAAAUACGGUGAACAAUCAGCUCAAAUGUCACAAAUUGCACAGAAAACUCGUGAGGAAGCCGAUCGACAUGACAAGUUGAGUCUAGAAGUCGAAAAGCUAGCUGAAGAGGCUCUCGAAACGGCAAGGAAAGCUCAAAAAGAAGCACAAGAUGCUAUCUAUGGAGGUGAACAAAUCUCAAAGCAAAUUGAUGAGAUAAAGCAGAAACAGUCGGCAAUUAAUGGAUCGUUGACGAGGACUCGGGAAUUAGCUGAUCAACAGAGGAAAGAUGCUGCUGAAGCUAAUCAGAGAGCUGCUGAAGCCUUAACAACAGUUGAUGCAUUGAAGCCACCAAAUAUCGAUCCGAAAGAGCUCAAACUCGAAUCCGAGCGUAUCACUGAAGAGGCCAAGACGACACGGGCAAAUAUUGAUAAAGAAGUCGAAGGGAAUAAGGAAAUGAUGGAUGAUGCGGCUAGAGCACUGGCUGAAGCGAAUAACGAGUUGCAGAAUGCAAAGGAGCAGCAAAAGAUCUCUGACGAGCAAUUGGCUGAAGUCGAUGCAUCAAGAGCUAGAGCAACUGAAGCAAUUCAACAAGCUGAAUCAACACUGAAGGAAGCUGAAAGAACGUUGGCUACCUUGCAAGAAUUCAAUAAUAAAGUGGAAACAAGCAAGGCAUCGGCUGAGUCUGAAUUGGCAAAAAUCGGCGAUAUUCAAGCAGAAAUCGAGAAAGCUAAGGAGAAAACAAUGGAAGCCGAAAAAGCGAUUGGAUCAGCAGCACAAGAUGCUCAAAGGGCUAAGGAUCUUGCUGCAAAAUCUGGAGACGAUGCAGCAUCUGUUGGAAAACAAGCUGAUCAGCUCUUCGAAGCGACAACGAAAACAAGAGAAUCGGCAAAAACAUUGAAAGAAGAUGUGGAAAGUUUAACUUCCGAGUUGUUAACGACACAAGAAGAGAUUACAACCUACAGGAAUCAAGCGGAAACUGACAAGCAAAUGACUGGAGAGGCUGUUCGAAAAGCUUCUUUGGCUGAGAUGGACGCUCGAACGGCCAACACGACAAUCACCGAGGAAAGCGAUCAAAUCAAGAAGAUUAUCGACAAAUUGAAUGCUCUCGAGAAUGUGAACAACGCUGAGUUGGAUGAGUUGGAGAGACAACUCAAUGACAUCGAUGCGAUGCUUAAAAAAGCCGAUCUAGCAAAUCAGAUUCCCGCUCAAAAAACGGGAAAACUCGAGGAAGAGCGCAAGAUCUCGCAGAUCAAAAUCGACAUUGAUACGUUGACAAAAGAGGUGGCAAAUCUGGAACAAAUCCGUUCCGCGUUGCCAAAUCGUUGCUUCAACCGGGUGGCGCUAGAGCAAGAGGGACAAAAGAAA